CGUCAAAGGUCGGAAUUCCCAUUGAAACGAGGCGGACAUGAUACCAGACGAACCGUGACUUUGUGACCUCUGUGUAAAGAUGUUGGCAUAAUUUAAGCACAUUCCACUAGCCUUCACGAUGGAUGCAACUCCAGCUAAGCGUAGAUUUGCAGGACCCGAUGGGCAUGAGGUUCGAUCAUCAGACAGACCCGGUAGGCCUCAACACACUUCCACUAUGUCAAUGGAAGUCUCCACGCCCUACCUGUCUGUGACAACCAAUGGUCUUACCUCUACCAGUGAGCUGACCUCAAAUAGUGACAGGGCGUCGUCAAGCAGUGGUGUUCAGACUAUCAAUAGGAAAACAUUCACUACACCAAGUUCACGAGGCGUUGACAAGACUCAGAACAGAUCCAGGUCAACUGAAAAUGUUUUUGUUCGAGAAAAGCAGAAAGGGAAGUCUGGAUCAUCCUCGAAGGACACGCCAUCAUUCUUAAAUCAAGAAACUCCAUUGAUAUUGGCCACAGCAAAACAGGUUGGGUCAGCCAUUAUGACCUCCUGUAACACUGAAUCUAUUCGACAUCUACUUAACCCCUACUCUGAAUGCUUCAGUACUACAUCGUCCGAAUAUUUCCAGAAAAAUAAACCCUUUGCAUCGUCAACUCCGGUGUCAAGGUCAAGGACAAUGUUGAGUUCAAGGUCAACCACUGCGACCUCCAGUGCAAGUUCAGGCACUGAGGAGACAGAGGACAUGGAAGACAGCGAUGUUGCCCCUGUGAGGAGAGCGGCUGAGGUCAGCAAUGAAUCAGAAGAUUCACAGGUGUACAUGGGCCUUAUGUGGCACGGAGGCAGGCUGGGUGUGGCCUACUACGACCUUGAAACGACCUUGCUGCACGUGAUGAUGGACUCCCCAGAGGAUGAGGGCUUUAAACUCCUCAACAAGCGUUUGUGCAAUAUUCUGGAGGAAGUGAAACCAGGGGCCGUCAUAGUGAGUUCCAAACUAGAUCAGCGCAUGAUGAAAGUUCUGACUGCAUACGGGGAGGAGCAUGGUCUGGUGGGGGAGGACAGAGCCAGCCCCUUUAUUCAGCUCCUGCCCAGCAUUGAUUUCUCAGGUGAGCUGUGUAAGAAUCGGUUGUUGGCGCUCGACUUGCCGUAUAUACCCGAGCACUACACGUAUGAUGAGAGACUGCUGUACAUCACUUCUCUGAUUCCCCUUGACAAUGGCUGCAUGGUGCGGGCUACAGGUGGACUGAUACGGUACCUGGAGAAGAAAUGGGUGGGCAUAGAGCUAGAGGAGGCAGGGACCAAACUGCCAGUCCUGGACGUUAAGAUAUUCUCACUUGAUUCACAGAUGAUCCUUGAUGAGACAGCUUACAGCGCUCUACAGAUAUUCCAGAGAGAGUCUCAUCCCUCUGUGUACAAGCUGGGCACCAGUAAUGCUGGUAAAGAGGGCCUCAGUCUCUUUGGAAUCAUGAACAGAACCAAGUCACAGCUAGGCAGCAGGAUGCUGAGGACAUGGUUCCAGAGACCAUUGAAGGAUGCAAGGGAAAUCCAGUCGCGCCAUUCCACCAUUGCAUACCUCAUCAACCCUCGCAAUGUGGAGAAUGUGACGGCACUAGAAGAGGCUGUCAAGCACAUGAAAAACAUCACCAAGAUCCUGACUCGUAUGAGGACGUCCCAGGCCUCUGUGGGUGACUGGCAGGCUCUCUACAAGACAGUUUACAAUGCAACCAGUCUCAAAGAAGUGUGCAGAGUGCUAUCACAGUCUGUUCACAUAUUUAGAAAGAUCACCGAGACCUUCAGUGAUGACCUGCAUAGAAUCACCAACUACAUCAGCAAAAUAGUGGACUUUCCAGAAAGUUCUCUCCAGAGUAGGUUUGUGGUGAAGACAGGCGUGGAUGAACAGUUGGAUCACAAAAAGAGAAUAUUCAGCCAGCUUCCAGAAGUGAUGUCAAAAGUAGCUCAAGAAGAACUCAACAAACUGAAGGACUUUGUCACAGAAUGCUCUGUGUUAUACAUACCUCAAAUAGGCUACCUGUUGGCCAUCCCUGAGUCAGGCAUCACAGACCUCACCAAGCUUGGAGACAACUAUGGGAUAGAAGGACUUACCUUUGUGUUUUCCUCCAACAAUGUGUACAACUACAGAAGUCCAGCCACCAGAGACUUGGAUUCCAUGUUGGGGGAUACCAAGUGUGACAUCACAGACAUGGAGACUGCCAUCAUGUACCGCCUGCAGGACAUUGUGCUGGAACACUCCAGGGUCCUACUGGCCACACUGGACCUGGCAGCGGAACUGGACUGCCUGCUUGCCCUGGCAGCCUGUGCCCGUGAGUACAAGUAUGUCAGACCAACAAUUACCGAGGAAAAUGUCAUCGAGAUUGAGGGAGGCAGACACCCAAUACAGGAACUGUGUUGCAGCACAUUUGUGCCCAAUGACGUCCAGAGUAACUCUGAGUAUGGCAGGAUUAAGGUGCUCACUGGGCCCAAUGCGUGUGGCAAGUCUAUCUACUUGAAACAGGUGGCAUUGAUUGUGUUCAUGGCCCAGAUUGGCAGCUUUGUCCCUGCAGAGGAGGCCCAUAUUGGCCUGGUGGACCGGAUCUACACGCGCGUACGCUCGCUGGAGAGUGUCUCAGUUGGACUGUCCACCUUCAUGAUUGACAUCAACCAGAUGUCAGAAGCAUUGCGCAAUGCUGGAGAAAACUCCCUGUGUAUUGUGGACGAAUUCGGAAAGGGAACUGACAUGAUAGAUGGUCUGGCGAUUCUGUGUGCGAGCAUCAAGCACUGGGUAGGCCAGGGUACCUCGUGUCCCCAUGUGUUGGUCAGCACUCACUUCCACACCAUGAUACAGCGGCACCUCCUGCCCAGGUCACCACUUAUCAAGUACCUGACCCUGGAGACCCUAGAGAAUGGCGUGGAGCUGGUGUUCCUGUACCAGCUAGUGGAGGGUCAGACCAGCUUCAGCUACGCCUGUCACGUGGCUGCACAGGCUGGACUUCCUUCAGACAUUGUCAAGAGGGGCAUAGAGGUGUCAGAAUUGCUGCGUCAGUGUAAACCAGUCCAACGCGUAGACACGCUGGAUACAGACACACAGAACAAAAGGUGUGAAGCAAUCGUACAGCAGUUCUUGGCUCUGGACAUUGAGACUGCAGAUAUCAAGGCCUUCCUGUCACAGUGUGUGCUUCCUACAUUUGAAGGGAAACUAUGAGGACAUAGGUGGUAUACUCAAGAUUGUGGUGCCCAUUGAUGAUAGAAAACUGAGGACAUCGAUGGAAUUCUUAUGAAUGUGCUGCUGAUUAUUGAAUGGAAGCUGUGAUGAUUUUUUUUAUUCACAUACCUUUGUGGUCUUUCUUUUGUAUGUUUAAAGCGGAAGUGUUGUCUACAGGGACGCUGUGAGAGUCGUAGGUUUCUUUCUGCCUAAAUGAAGGAUUGCCCUUUGAAUUUCUUUAUGCCAUUUUUAUUGGAAAUAUUCUUUGGAGGACCAACGUUAUAAGAUGUUAGCGCUUUUUUUUUUCACUUUGUAAGUUGGAAAAUGAGGUUUAAUGUAUGUAAAGUGUUGUCCCAGUUUAGCUUAUGAAUUCUGCACAGGCUUAUCAGGGAUAACACUUUCUGCUUGUACAGAUUUUGUUGUUGAAAGGAAGUCUCUUCAAAACAAAAAUAAAGUCUCAAUUUAAAGUGUUGUCCCUGAUAAGCCUGGGUGUACUGCACAAGCCAAUCAGGGAUGACACUUUAUUCACAUGCAUUCAAACUCAUUUUUCCUGACCAAGGCACAUAUAUUUUAAUGAUGCAUUCUUGGUAAACUUGUUAAGGGUAUUCUGAUAAUAUUUGUCAGGUUUGCUUUAGGAUUGUGUGAUAUUGUGUGUUAUAUGGGAUGCUGUGUUUGUUUAAUGAUAUUGUUUGAUGCCGUUGUUUUCAAAAAUAUUAUUUACUUUGUGGA